AAAGUAUCUGGUUCUAGCUUUAUUUGAAAGAUUAUUAUAAUUGUAUUAAUUAUUUUAAAGUGAAUUAAUUAUUAAAAUUUUUCAUCGAAAUUGCGAGUGAAAGGAAUGACAUAUUUAAGUGAAAGAUAACUAAAUAUCGAAAUGUUGUUCAAAGUCAUUCUCCUAUUUUUCUCCGCGUCGUUCGUAGCGGCGUAUCCAAGGGACACGAGUCAGCUCAAUAACCUAGAUUUCGAUCAGCGACCUCUAUUGUUUUAUUUAGAACAACAAUCACAGGAGAAAACGAAUUUACCACGACGAGAUCCGCAACCAGAACAGCCACAAUCCCAGCAGCAACAAGUUUACCAACCUGGUGGUUACCAAUACGUCAAUCCGCAAUAUCAGUAUACAGGGUAUAAUCAACAAACUUUCCCUAGAAUCCAACCUUCUAUAUUAAUUUACGGAGCCGGAGGUCAAGGUCAGCCUAUUCUUAUCAAUCCAGGAUCACCACCGGGAAACUUUUUGAUUCCCCAACAACCCGGCGUUAUUUAUGGGAACAAUCCCCAAAAUCCGGUUUUCGUAGGUGGAUAUCCGAACCCGAAACCGGCGCAUAUUCCUCCAAUAGAAAAGGACGCCGAAGAAAUCCCGACGAAUCCGGCGAAUAUUCCACCUUUUCCCACCAAAUCCACCGAAAACAAACCUGAAAAAUUGGAAACUUUCAAUGAAGACAGAUUCGACCCGAUACCAAAAUCAGCAGGCGGGGAAGGGGAGGUUUUCGAACAAUCAGACAGAAAACCGUAUCCACAAUCGCCCAACAGGGAUAACUUGAAACCGGGUCAGAGAUUUUUCAUCCUCAACGGACAACCCCUUUACCAAAACUACCCCCCCAAUUACCCCGAACUACCGGCGUUCACUUACCAACAACUUCAAGAUAAACCCCAAGAAUUCGGUUACAAUUUUCCAGUCCAAACUGUUUUGUUAAAAACCGCGGGAGAUUUAAAUCAACAACCGAAAGCUGCCGAAACUGCGUUCGCCGAUCAAUUUCCCCACAACUUUAUAUCCUUAAAUCAACCGAUUAUCCCUCAAGGAGGAUCCCUUUUUACGACAGGCGUCGACUUAGAUAAUCGCAAUGUUGGGCCUAUAGGGCAAUUUAGGUUCACCCCUCCCAACAACGCGUUUUUUCCCGGUCAAGAAGACAUCGAAAACGAUUCCGUUGUCGUGAACGCGAACUUCGAAGACGACAAAGUCAAUACAGGAUCGUCCUCGUUAACAAAAGAUGCGUCGCAAUCGACGGAAAAAACAACCGAGCCCGGUACUGCGCAAGCGGCUCCUAGUGCAGUGGCUUUGGCGGGGACUGGAGGUGUUGCUGGGGCCGCUCCACGAGCAACAGCGUUGGUGGGUAAGGGUGGUUUGGCUGUAUCGAGUCCGCAAGCCACGGCUAUUUCCGGUACCAAAAAGGACGAUAACGAUAAUAAAGAUAAGCAAGAAAAGAAACCCGGCGAUCAAUCUCGAAAUUAAUUUUUUUCCUAAUGUGUUGAAUGUCGUUCGUAAAUUUUCAGAGGUGGUUCUAAAAGUUAAUCUGCACUGUAGCCAGGGACGAGUACAAAACUAAAACUCAUAUAUUUAUUUUUUAAAAUUGUUUUUAUAUAAAAAAAAAU